AUGGAGGUCACUGGAUAUUACAUGCAGGAAAGCCUUGACCUGUUCCUCGCCAUGAUCCGGGAGAUCGGCAGUGCGCAACCAGCCUUCCAACUGGCCCACAACAGGGUCAUGAACAUCCUUCAGGACAGCCUUGUCAGAACAUGGGAGACACAUGCGCUAGCGACUCAGUCAGCGUGGGAUGCCCCCCUGUCAGCUUGCAAUCAGCUGGUGCAUUAUCUCUUCGCUGCAAGACCUCUCUGCACUACAAGGCCUGUAAUCAAGGUCUGUGCGAGUGUUGACUUUCGGUCCUGCCAGCUGAGGCGAUCGCUCGGGUUUAGUAGCACCAAGGCACCACCCCUGGUACCUCACAAGACCCUACCUGGUAUCGCAAGCUUGCAUGGAAGCGGCACCGAGGCCAAGCUGAAGUACUACGUCCAGCUGCACGGCAAUGACGCAGCCGAGGUCACAAGGACCCUGCUGGACAUGGUCAAGUUGAUUGUGAGCUCUCUGCUCAAGCCGGAGCACAACGGCUUGAGAUGGGCAGGCAUGGAAUGA